AUGCAGAUUGUGAACUACAUUAUAGGACUUUUGCUAUACUUUGAGGUAGCCUUAUGUAGCUCGCGUUCAGCAAUCAAAUUAACGGAAUUAGCUAAAGAAAGUGACAAUUAUAUCAUUGAUGUUUACAAUAGUGAUUUAUCGAUUCUUGAAGGACCUAGAGAUUAUUUCACAGUUCUAAUAUUUACAUCUUCAAAUGCUGCCCAUAACUGUAAACAAUGUGAAGGGGUUAAAAAUGUUGUUGCUAAAGUAGCGAGGUCAUGGUUUUCCGACCAUGUUGAUUCUCAUUUGUUAACAUUUAUCAACAUAGACUUAAAUGAUCCAAAAAAUGGUAAGCUUUUUAAUUUAAUUGGCCUACAAACAGUUCCUCAUAUCUGGCUAGUUGCUCCAAACCCGUCAAGAGACUAUGGUGAUCCAAACAAAAUUCUAGAAGAUGCUCAUCUUGAGUUUAAAAUGCCUCAAGUACCACAGGAUAAACAGGCAUUAGAAUUUGCUCAGUUCCUAAGUGAACAAUUACAGAAACCCAUUUUAAUAAGAGACGAAGACGCGUUGGCCAAGUUUAUAAAGACAUUUGUCAUUACUUUUUCCGUUAUAGUGAUAAUCAGAAAAAAGGGCCCAAGCAGAAUUACCGCAACUAAAAAGAAAACGAUUCUCAGUCUAGUUGCAAUUGCGAUUGUUCUUUUGUUUACUUGUGGAUACCAGUUUACUAUCCAGAAUUCUGUGCCGUUUGUCGCCAAAAGCGAUAAAGGAGGUGUUGUGUUGAUUAGUGGCGGUCAAUAUUAUCAAUUUGGGAUUGAAACUUUCCUUGUCGGUGCUAAUUAUGCCCUGUUGGCAGGUGCGUUGUUAUUAUUAACCUACAUUGGACGUUAUAAAGUUACAGAGAAGAGUUUUAUUGCAAGUGAAGACAUCAAAGUAUUCUUGGUCUUGUUUGUCACUAUCUCUAUUUAUUUGUUGUACAGUUGCUUAACAAGUAUUGUGCUUCGAAAAGAUCAGGGAUAUCCCUACAGCUUUACUAAAUUGUUUUGA